UUGCAUAAUAUUCUGCUGCUGCAUUGAUGUUUGGCUGGUCAAACUGUAGUCAUCAUCAUCAUCACCAUCAUAACAGUUCAGUCGCGCACUCGCAGGAAACCGCCUCGCCUGUCUCCUUGACACACCCUUAGCUAUUGUUGGCACAGUAUGCGCGCGACAACCUUGACAUUCCCACACGCGCGUUCAGUUGCACGGUGAAAUCUUGUUCUACGUGGAUGCACAAUCCUUCUCAGGAAAAAACGAAAGAAGGACAAGGGGCUAAUGCGGAUAAAGGAAGAUGCACAAACGCCGAGAAGAGUGCAGGUAAAACACACACGCACGGCCAUCGCGCAUCCCCGAUAGAUGCCCACACUACCGCACGCGCAGACCCACUCCGCUCAUCCACCUGUAAUGACAGAUCGCUGCUCAAAGCCGUGCAUUGUCCCUGGAAACGGCGAAGAAAGUACGCUUCAUGUGAGAGAUGACUGAGUGAGUUGCGCGGAUGUUGGAGACAUGGAGAAACGGGCUCUUGUAACGGCGAUCAGCUUGUCCAUGAGCCUGCUCGCGCUCACGCUGCUGGCCACGGCGAUCUUUACCGACCACUGGUACGAAACCGACACCAGGAGACACAAGGAGAACUGCGACCAAUACGGGUCGGAGUCCAACGACCAGAAGAACAGGGAGAUGCCCAUCUAUCACCUGCCUUUGGUGGACAGUGGGAAUGCGAAGCGCAACCUGGCUCUCAUGAAGCCCAUCCAUGUAGGGAGUCGAGAGGAGGAACUGUUGGAAAACUGGAGAGCGAUUUUGGGCAUGGGCAUUUUGGAGACGGAGUGCGGGCGCCCGCUUUUCUCCACCUACUCUGGACUUUGGAGGAAAUGCUACUUCCAGGGAAUGGACAGUGAUAUUGACAAACUCAUUUCGAAGGGUAUUGCAGACCGAUGCACAUCUGUCAAGUACCAUUUCUCCCAACCCAUUAGACUCAGGAACAUCCCUCUCAACCUGACAAGGACCAUACAGCAGGACGAGUGGCACCUCUUACAUCUGAGGCGCAUUACAGCGGGGUUCUUGGGCAUGGCUGCUGCCGUGAUGCUGUGUGGAAGCAUUGUGGCCGCUGUGGGAUUUUUCUGGGAGGAGAGCCUCACCCAGCAUGUGUCUGGACUCCUGUUCCUUAUGGCAGGAAUCUUUUGCACAAUCUCACUGUGCACCUACGCAGCCAGUGUCUCAUAUGACCUAUCCAGGAACCCUCCCUUCAUCUACGGUCUGCCCGGUGACGUAGACCAUGGGUACGGGUGGUCCAUCUUCUGUGCAUGGGUCAGCCUGGGCCUAACAGUGGCGUCAGGUUGCAUCUGCACAACUUAUCCCUUCCUGAGCCGCUCAAAGGCUCUUCGCUCCAAAACGGCAAGGGAGUCGUCUGUAUGAGCGCGGCCUGGAGGACUCAGCAAAACAUUAAUCAGCACUUGGCGCUUUAGUAAAACGGAUUCAAGUGGGACUUCAUGCUGUACGGAGCCGUUUUGAAUGUCUUGUAGAUUUCUGAUACCUUUGUUGGGCUCAUGAGAUGUAUUGGUGUUAUACAGAACGAAGGACAAGACUGUUGCAGUUUCUGUGUGUCUUCUACACACAUUUGCUUACAAAUCACACACACACAUAAAAAAAGAAAAGAAAAUACACACAAAUAUACAGUAUGUGUGAAUAUAAUUAACAAAACCUUUGAUUUGAAAUGGGUAUGUGUGUGUUUGUGGGUCGUUGUGACGCAAUCAUUCUCUGGAUCAGGUGAAUAUUCUACACACUAAGGAUCUGAGCCACAAUUUUUUAUGCAAACCAUCUGAAAUUCAAAUUAUUGCUCUGAUCACAGUCAGUGUUAUUUUUUUAUUAUGUGAUUAAAGCAUACUGGUUUCCCUACCACUUGCAAAUGGAUACAAGUCGACUAACCAUUGGCUCAUUUCAAAUGAAAAUAUCACAGCUAAAGAAUUCAAUCAGGGAUGAACAGGACACUUCAUGCCACCGAAGUCACCACAUCAGACUAAUGUAUAAAGGCAUGAUUGCAUAUAUAUCACCUUUGGGUAACAGCUGGUGGCUGAUAGUCAAAAAGAUUGAAAAAUCAAAGAGACACGAGAAGUUACGAGAUCUAAGACGUGGAUAUGCAAAUUUGUGAUUGGAUGAAAUGUCUCUGAAGAUCCAGGACUUGAAUGUAGCUGUCACUAGCAGUGCAGUCGUAAUAUGGCAGCAUGUUUAAAGUGGAUGCUCUCGAAUCUACCAGCCUCUCUCAUGAAAGGCUUCUCAUGAUGUCACGUCAUUGUUGAAAAUACAAGUCCUUCCGUUCCACAUGAAGUGGCACUAAUAUAAAGCCACCAGGAUUAUAUUAACUGCUGGAUAUUGUUUUCCAAACUGAGCCAAAACUGUAACAUUUCCCUGAAACUGUACUGUUUGCCUCAAAACUUCCAUUGUGUUCCUGAAAGUGUAUCGUAAAUAAAAUAUUACCAUGAUAAAA